UUCCUGAAGUAUGAAAAAUUAAAAGAAUCUUACUUGAAACUAACCGAUGAUAACAAAAAGGUGAAAACGGCUUACGCUAAAUUGAUGUCAGAGUACAAAAAAAGGGAUGCUGAAUGCAAAGAAUUGAAACAAGCUGCUCAGUCUCAUAAGAAAGCACCAGCUCUGAAACACGCGCUUGACAGUGGAGCUCAGUCACGAGCACAACCUUUCUUCAAUAAUCCAAAAUUAUCGGUGGUCACACCCAGAAAGUGCAAUCCACUGUUUAAAACACCAACGUCUUUGUCACCAUUCCGAACCAUGAACCGCGAGAGGCAUCCAAACUAUCGUAACCCAGCGCAAUAUUCUGGCAGUAGUGUGGGCAGUGCCGUUAGAACUCCAGCCUCCGAUUUCAAUACACCGUCUUCUUCAGUGCUGAGUAGAUUCAAUGAACGCGAAAGCAACAAUACCGCACGAUCCCCUUUUGUGACCCCAGAAGUUCCAAUUCAAGAUCUUAAACUUGGUAGUUGGCAUGGACUAAGGCCAAAGAAACCUUUCUGAAGAAAUUUUUGAAUACAGUCAGAGAAUCUCCCAAGAGAAUUUUAUUUUGACCAGCUUUAUUUCUAAUCAAUGAGUCCUUCAUAAAUGUUUAUUAUAACAGAAGCAAAGUAUUUCCAGCCAGCAAUGCCACCAUUCAGAACUACCUAUUGGUCAUUUGAACAGAACUUGGUUUUUUCCCAAUCUUGAAGUUACAUUUUGUUUCAAUUUAUCUAAAGUUUUAAUCCAGGCUUAAAGUUAAUUUUCAU